AUUGGAGCUGUCAACUCGUCUGCGUCAACAGUUUUGGACUCAUCUUUCCACCGUAUUCAUUCGUUUAUCUUAUAUAUCUUCUCUCCGGCCUACAUUCGUCAUAACGCCAUCGCCGCCAUGACUGAUACAGACAGUGAUCGAUUUCCUCUACACACAGCUGCCAGAGAAGGCAGAGUGGCCGCAGCUGAAGGGUUCCUCAAGACAGAUCCCAAGCUCUCAAAGCGCAAAGACGAUGACGGCAGAUACGCAAUCCACUGGGCAGCCUCGUCCAACAACCACGAAAUUGUUCUCCUCUUGGCAAACCAGGCAAGCUUCGAUCCGGACAUCCAGGACGACAGCGGCUGGACACCUCUCAUGAUCUCCGCCAGCGUCCCAAAUAGCGAGCCAAUACUAAAUCUGCUUCUAUCCAGAGGCGCUGACGUCAAUAUCAAGAACAACAACGGCCAGACAGCCCUCCACUUCGUCGCCUCCAAAAAGAACCUCGACGUCGCCCGUCUCCUCAUCGACUCCAAGCCUCCAGCCUCAACCCGCGUCCGAGACCGCCGCGGCCAGUACCCUAUCCAUCGUGCCGCGGCCGUCGGCUCAGUGCCCAUGGUUAUGCUCCUUCUCAAGAACAGGAGCCCCCUGAACGCCGCUGACAACGAGGGCUACACGCCUCUCCAUCAUGCAGUUGCAGAGGGCCACGGAGACACUGCUGUCGCUCUGCUGCGAGAGGAAGCUGAUUUUACACUCAAGACUAACGACGGAGAGUUGGCUAUUGACUUGGCUCCGGACAAAGAGGUUCGCAACUUCAUCAUCCAGGGCGCUGAGAGGGAAGGCAUCCAGCUGGUCGAUUAGCUACCCAGCUAUGUGUAUCGUAGUCAAUCAGCCAUAAUCUAACAUAAUACAUGAAAAAAAUUUGUACAAAUCUAAUCUACAGCUGGUGCCAUACCCGUCAUUUCAUGUCGUGGUGCUUCAUUACCUUUCUUGGUUUCCCCCUUCUCCCUUUUAACCCAUCACAUCUAUUCCCUUAUUUUACUGUCCGUUCGACCAGCUCCCGGUACAUCGUCUUGACAUCAUCCACAUCCGCCCUCAGCUCAUCAACUAGCUCGCUCUUCUCUCCCAGCAGCUCCAGUGUGGUUUGAUAUCUCGUAUCCAGGUCGGCAACUUCCUUCUCCAGCUCUGGUACCCUUGCAGAUGCUGCUUUUGCCUCCUCCAGUUCCUUCAUCAAGGCCACCAUGUCCCCUCUUGCCUCAUCCCUCUGGCUACACACCCUAGCCAUCUCUUCCUUGGCUGCAACUCUUUCAGCCUCUAGACGUCGUAUCGCGGCACUCAUCCGUUCUACCAAUUGAACAGACGGCCCCGCCGCUACUGUUGAUACCGAAAUCAUAUCUUGCGCGAGAUUACGGGGCGAAGAGGGGACCGUAUCGCUGAUGCCAUUCUCCCUCUCAAUUACAGAUGGGGGUAGCGCGGGAGGUGAUCCCAAAGGCGGAUCCAGAGGAGAGAAUGGAGAUGGAGGAAUAGACCCAGUAAGCGACAUUGUCCCUGUUCCCGUGCGGGUCGGCGGCAU